AUGGACGCCUCCACGUUAUUAGAACAGUACACGCAGGAUCUGUCGAACUUGCCGUCGGAGCUGGCUUAUUUACUGGAAGAGCUCCGCGACAAGGACUUGAAGGAGCAUGAUGUGAAGAAACGGAUCAAUCAGCGCGAUAACCAGCUGUUCAAGUUGAUCAAGCAACAAGGCUCGUUGGUGAAACAUCCCAAAGAAGACCAGAUAUAUCUGAAAAAUAGGGAGGAUUACGAGAAGGCGAUCAAGUUGCAGGAGGAAAAGUGCGUUUUGGCCAACACGGCGCUGUUUUCUAUUGCUAAACACCUCACCCGGCUGGAGAACGACAUCGAGAGACUGGAACAGGAGGGCGUGGUGCCGCCGAUUUUGAACGAGGAGUCGUCCGAGGAAGAGGAUGCCGACAACGGGAUGCUGGACAUGCUGAGCUCGCAGAUCUCGAGCACGUCGCUGGACUCGCUCGGGUCCGGUCCGCGAAAGAACAGACUGCCUCGAAAGUCCAGACACUCCACGCCGUCCAACGUUUAUAUGGGCGGGUACUCGGGCUCGAUGAUGGGUCUACGCAACCGAAUGACGUCGGAAGAGCUGAGCGACUACGAAAUGGAUGACAUGAUACUCAAGGCGCCGCGCAAAAAAAGCUCGUUCCUCGAACACGGAGCCUCAGGAACAGUGACUAUCCCAAAGGCUCCACGCAACUCAAACGAAGAAGACGAGCUGUACUGUUUCUGUCAGCAGGUAUCUUACGGGAACAUGAUUGCAUGCGACAACUCGGAUUGUAAAUAUGAAUGGUUCCACUAUGACUGUGUCGGUCUCAAAGAGCCUCCGCAAGGAAUCUGGUACUGUCCAGAUUGCCGCAAAGACCUCGAGCUCGGCAGAAAAACAGAGCGCAGACGCAGAGACCGCUAG